GAUAUUAGUGGGACUCUGAGACGAGGAGAAUGAAUUGGACUCUGCUAUCUUUGGUGUGUGGCCUUGUUGGUGCCUUAGCUAUAGAGGAAAAGGCUGAUGUGGAGCGGGAGAUACUUCAUAAAGAGAGGUUUAUCGCGAAGAUCACCACCAGCACGCGACUUGCUCUCACGACGACCACCACCACUGUCCCAUUCACUUGUGCGUCUCUAAGCACCCGUGUUUGCAGGCGGCGUCGAAAGCGCUCAGCGACAGAAGACUUGGGCGGAGAAAUUAAGAACGAGGGUGUAGAGCUGUUCAGUGGACACCUGGAGGACCCGGAGGUGGAAUAUGAGAGAAGGAGCGGGCGCAUCUCCUUCACACUAGGCACAGUCACCACCACCACCUUCACCAUCACCUCCACCUCCAUAAACAGCGCCACUACCUUCUCCAUCUCCUACUUCUGCUCGGCACCCAACGCCGUGUAUCCUCCUGGAUGUUAAUUAAUGACUGCGAAGAUGCGGCCACGGACUGCCAGGGUAGUGUUUCAGUGCCAAGAGAUGUUGUUAUUAUAUAUUAUUCACUAGCCCGUUGGCUGGAUGAGCUAUAGGAGAGCCCUGUAGAAGAUGACACGGUCAGAUGGAGUGUAUCAGGAUGGUGUUGCCAACAGACCGGCUCCAACAGACUCCGCUGGAGCCGGUCUAUUGACGAGCGUCUUGACUCGUGAACCUUCUGCAUUUUUAGGUUUUGCUCGAAGGAAGAAAGUUGAAGAGAAGUUGACCCAAAUUGUAGAUUAGUAGCAUCAACCAAGCACAGAUCAUCGUGGCCAGCAAUAAUUUUUCGGAAAAAAAUACGAGGCUAAGAUUUUUAAUUCUUUUGUCUGGAGUCCUUCCGCCGCCUGGUAAUUGUUUCAUCAUAGAUAACCAGCUGUGUAUCGAGGGGUUAUACAUGGUAUAAAUACGCUUAAUAUAAUAACUUCU